CGCCACUGACAGCCCCGGAGAACUGAUAAGCACGCCCUCUUAUCAGCGAUGGACUUCUGGCAAAAUGGCAUCGAAGAUAGCGAGACCAAGUCCUUCCCCGCCCCACCACAUAUAUACCUCUCCCCGUCUUCUUCCUCCAUUCUUCUUCUUCUUCUUUCUCUCUGCUUCAUUAUUUCUCUUUUUGGCCUUUUGUGGGGGGAAACCCUAGAAAUUCUUGCUGGCUAGGCUCUCUGCUGCUUCGAUCUGUGGAUUCCGAGCUCAUUUUGCCUGGAUUUGGUGUAAAGGUGACGUGAUUGGAGUUUCAGGUGGUUGAAAUGUCCUCUCUUAGCAGAGAAUUGGUCUUUCUCAUACUUCAAUUCCUGGAGGAGGAGAAGUUUAAGGACUCCGUUCACAGACUUGAGCAAGAAUCGGGGUUUUUCUUCAAUAUGAAGUACUUUGAGGAGAAAGUUCAUGCCGGUGAAUGGGAUGAAGUUGAGAAAUACCUAUCUGGAUUUACAAAAGUAGAUGACAAUAGAUACUCCAUGAAAAUAUUUUUUGAGAUUAGAAAGCAGAAGUAUCUCGAAGCACUUGAUGGGCAAGAUAAGGCAAAGGCUGUAGAGAUUCUUGUGAAUGAUUUGAAAGUGUUCUCAACAUUCAAUGAAGAUCUCUAUAAAGAAAUUACUCAGUUGCUGACAUUAAGUAAUUUCAGAGAGAAUGAGCAGCUUUCAAAGUAUGGGGACACAAAGACUGCUCGCAGCAUAAUGUUGAUAGAGCUGAAAAAAUUGAUUGAAGCAAAUCCUCUCUUUCGAGAAAAGCUUGUAUUCCCAACCCUCAAGGCAUCAAGAUUGCGCACCUUGAUUAAUCAGAGUUUGAAUUGGCAACAUCAGCUGUGCAAAAAUCCAAGGUCAAAUCCAGAUAUAAAGACCUUGUUCACAGACCAUACUUGCAAUCCUCCAAAUGGGACUAUUCCUCCUGGUGCUGUGAACAUUCCUGCUAAUGUGGUUCCAAAGCCUACUGCCUACACAACACUCGGUGCUCAUGGGCCAUUUCCACCCACUGCAGCUACUGCAAAUGCUAACGCAUUAGCAGGUUGGAUGGCAAAUGCUGCUGCAUCAUCAUCUGUUCAAGCGGCAGUGGUGACUGCAUCAUCCCUACCUGUUCCGAACCAAGUUUCAAUCUUGAAGCGUCCAAUCACACCUCCUGCAACACUGGGUAUGGUUGAGUAUCAGAAUGCAGAUCCUGAACAGUUAAUGAAACGUUUGCGUCCUGUGCAGUCUGUGGAGGAGGUUACAUAUCCUACUGUUAGGCAGCAAGCGUCAUGGUCUCUUGAGGAUUUGCCAAGAACCGUAGCAUUCACUCUGCAUCAAGGAUCCACUGUUACGAGCAUGGAUUUUCACCCAUCUCAUAAUACACUGUUCCUCGUUGGCUCCAGUAAUGGCGAAAUAACACUCUGGCAAGUUGGAGUGCGAGAUAAACUGGUGUCUAAGCCAUUCAAAGUUUGGGAUAUUCAGUCCUGCACAAUGCCAUUUCAGGCUUCUGCGGUCAAGGAUGCACCAUUUUCUGUGAACCGCGUUGCAUGGAGUCCAGAUGGGACAUUUGUUGGUGCUGCAUUUUCUAAGCAUUUAAUCCAUUUGUACUCUUACACUUAUACGGGACCACAUGAUUUACGACAACAUCUGGAGAUAGAUGCACAUGUUGGAGGAGUGAACGAUUUAGCUUUUGCAUAUCCAAACAAACAACUGUGUGUGGUAACAUGUGGUGAUGAUAAGCUGAUUAGGGUGUGGGAUUUGACUGGGAGAAGGUUGUUUAACUUUGAGGGACAUGAAGCUCCUGUAUACUCAAUAUGCCCUCAUCAGAAAGAGAAUAUUCAGUUCAUAUUUUCUACUGCUAUUGAUGGGAAAAUAAAAGCUUGGCUGUAUGACAAUAUGGGGUCAAGAGUUGACUAUGAUGCUCCUGGCCAUUGGUGUACUAUGCUUUACAGCGGUGAUGGAAGUAGACUGUUUUCUUGUGGAACCAGUAAAGAAGGAGAUUCUUUUCUCGUGGAAUGGAAUGAAAGUGAAGGUGCUAUUAAGAGGACUUAUAGUGGUUUUCGGAAGAAAUCUAUUGGUGGUGCUGUGCAGUUCGAUACAACUCAAAAUCACUUCUUAGCUGUGGGUGAGGAUAACCAGAUAAAGUUUUGGGACAUGGACAACAUAAAUGCUGUUACUUAUACAGAUGCUGAGGGUGGUCUCCCGAGUCUUCCUCGUUUGAGAUUCAACAAGGAAGGGAAUCUUCUUGCUGUUACUACUGCUGACAAUGGAAUUAAAAUUCUUGCAAAUGCUGUGGGUAUGAGGUCUUUAAGGUCAAAUGAGGCUCCACCAUUCGAAGCACUAAGAUCACCCAUUGAAGCAGCUUCUAUGAAGGUUUCUGGAUCUUCUGUCACUGCUCUUACUCCUGUGAAUUGUAAAAUAGAAAGAAGCUCUCCUGUUAGGCCUUCUCCAAUCCUUAAUGGAGUGGAUUCAAUGUCUAGAAACAUGGAAAAGCCAAGAACCUUGGAUGAUGUAGCUGACAGAACCAAGCCGUGGCAAUUGACUGAAGUUGUAGAUCCAGCUCAAUGCCGAAUGGUUUCUAUGCCCGAGAGCUCUGAUGCAAAGGUUGCCCGGCUUCUUUAUACAAAUUCUGGUUUUGGCAUCUUGGCACUUGGGGCGAAUGGUAUUCAAAAACUAUGGAAGUGGUCCCGCAAUGAACAAAAUCCUAGCGGCAAGGCCACUGCCAAUGUUGUUCCACAGCAUUGGCAGCCAAACAGUGGUCUUCUUAUGACCAAUGAUGUAUCAGGUGUCAACCUUGAGGAGGCAGUUCCUUGUAUAGCCCUCUCGAAGAAUGACUCUUAUGUCAUGUCAGCAGCUGGUGGAAAGGUUUCAUUGUUUAACAUGAUGACAUUUAAGGUGAUGACAACCUUCAUGCCACCUCCACCGGCUUCAACUUUCUUAGCUUUCCAUCCCCAAGACAAUAAUAUCAUUGCCAUUGGCAUGGAGGAUUCUACCAUACAUAUAUACAAUGUUAGGGUUGAUGAGGUGAAAUCCAAACUUAAAGGACACCAGAAGCACAUCACUGGUCUUGCAUUCUCUACAAACCUUAACAUACUGGUCUCAUCUGGUGCUGAUGCCCAGCUUUGUGUGUGGAGCAUUGAUACAUGGGAAAAAAGAAAAUCAGUUCCCAUCCAAUUGCCUGCUGGUAAAGCACCCACGGGUGACACCCGAGUGCAGUUCCAUGCCGACCAAGUCCGUUUGCUGGUAGCACAUGAAACACAAUUGGCCAUAUACGAUGCCUCCAAGAUGGAAUGCAUACGCCAGUGGGUUCCACAAGAGUCUUUACCUGCACCCAUCUCAUAUGCUACCUACUCCUGCAAUAGCCAACUAGUUUAUGCGUCCUUUGGUGACGGAAAUAUUGGAGUGCUUGAUGCAGAUACCCUAAGACUGAGAUGCAGAAUAGCUCCAUCUGCUUAUCUAUCUCAGGCAGUAUUGAAUGGAGGCCAAGCAGUGUAUCCACUCGUUGUUGCAGCACACCCACAAGAAGCCCAUCAAUUUGCAGUCGGGUUGACAGACGGGUCUGUUAAAGUCAUAGAACCAUUGGAAUCUGAAGGGAAGUGGGGAGUAUCUCCUCCUGUUGAUAGUAAUGGAAUGCUAAAUGGUAGGGCAACCUCAUCGUCUGCCGCUAGCAACCAUAUAUCAGACCAAGUUCAAAGGUGAAACUAUCUGUGUUUUGACAGUGACAGUGCAUUGUAAUUUAUAGGAAUAGAUUUUAGAGGUUGUUUUUUUGGCUCCCUCUAUUAAAGGAUACAAGAAUUGGAAUUGACUUCAAAAGGGCUAAUGUAAUAUGUGUCUUUUUUAGUUAUCAUUUUUACUAUUUAUUUCUACAUAAAGUUUUGUUCAAAGU